ACGAUACGGGGGUGUCAAAUUACUGCUUGGACCAGCAAGCCAACUGGACUGCAGAACAUGGCACAUCAUGCAGGAUUUCUGAUUUGGAUGAUCCUGUCAUCUUACUCAAAUGUGUCCUGUAUCAAAUAUGGAAAAUACAAGUUCACCAUCUUCUCCUUGAAGGACAUGGACAUGUCACCUCUGCCAAGAACAAACAAAUAUGUCAUCAUGGAUGAGAAUGUUACGCUGCUGGCCCAGGUGACUCCCGUCCGCGGCCUGGACGACUCGGUCAACUCUCAGCUGGUGGAGCACUUCUGGCUGCUGGGCGCGAUGCCGCACAUGACGCUGCGCAGCAUGCACCGCGUCGUCCAAAUGCCGUUCUCCAUGGGGCUGUACCGGCGCGGCUCGUUCGUGGCCUGGCGCUGCCACUUCCGGAGGAGACAGCUGACUGGGCGCACGGCGAGUGACGGCAUGGCCCAGUGGAGCGCGGAGCUCGUCCUCUCCCGCGGCUCCGGCUUUCUCUCCACCAGCGCCUCCAUCACCGACAUCCGCUUCGGCAUGCCCCAUGACCUGAGCCUGACCAGUGCGGCGCUGACCUCGGCGCACCUGCUGAUGCUCACCUCUGACGGCAACAACAGUUCCGCAGCUGACCGGGCGAAAGACGAGCUGAUCCACUCCCCGUCCUGCGUCAACGACGACGCCAACGCGGAUUCGGUGCUGCUGCUGCUGCACUCGGAGCAGCGCUACCUGCUGGGGCGGGCGCCGUUCGCGCGCACCGACGCGUGGCAGGACGUGCGCUCGCUGGUGCCGUGGCCGGCCGGGCUGGCCUCCGUCAGCGACGUCCGCUACGUCUGGCACCGGAACGCCGUGUUGCUCGGCUUCGCGCAGGGAGACCAGUACAAGACGCUGGUGCUGCCCCUGGAGAAGACCGGCUACCGAAAGCGGCCGCCGUCCAGCGAGCACGUGACCCGGCCGUUCGUCUACCUCUGCCCGCUCACCAAGAAGGUGUACCUGCUGGCCGGUCAGGUCCUCGUCUCCAUAGACGGCGGCGCCACGUUCGAACGUACCCUGACCAACGUGACGUUUGGUCACGUUGAGAACUUCAGACGAGCCGGCCAAAUCAGCCUGAAAGACGUCAUCGACGCCAAGAACAUCACGGAUGUGGCGUACAAGGCCCCCUGCGGCUACCGGCUGGAGCUGCUCGGCGGCGUCUUACACGCCAGCAUUAUCCACCUGGAUCUGCACGACAUCAUCACCCGUCGAGGUGGAGGCGCACGAGGGCAGAGCCGCUGGCCGAGUACGAGCCGCCUGAUCGACCUGGAGCUCAGCAACCCGGACAUCGUGCAGGUGGAGCGGUCGGCCAGCGUGCGCGGCGGCUCGCUGCGGCUGGCGUCCACCGUGCGGCCGCAGUCCUGGACGCUGAUCUGCUGA